UCAUUUCUUGCAUUAUUAUUACACCAAUUUUAGUUGUCUAAAGAAACACAAAACAAGCCAUGGAAACUUGUUUUCUCUCCUCAUCAAACUCCUUCACAAAAACUAUAGAACUUGCCCCCUCUAUCAAAGCUAGACCAUUUUCCUACCCCAAAAGAAAUACUACUCACUUUCAUUUCAAAAGAUUUGGUCUUUCCUCUUCCAUCACAUGUUGCAAUUUGUCAUCAUCAUCAAAAGAUGAGAGUAACCCUUACAUUGAAGCUGAUUGGAGGUCAUUUCGAGCAAAAUUAGUAGCUAAUGAGCAAGCUUUUAGGCCCAAUGACCCUUCUUCAAUAAUGGACCCUGAUGCUGUAGUAGAAACGGAUCACUCUCUACAAGCUACAGUUGGAGACAAAUGGGCCCAUGAAAUCCAUGAGCCUGAAAGAGGUUGCAUACUCAUAGCCACAGAUAAGCUUGACGGGGUCCACAUUUUCGAACGGACGGUGAUCCUUCUCUUAUCAGUUGGGCCAGUAGGCCCAUACGGCAUCAUACUCAAUCGCCCGUCCCUCAUGUCCAUCAAGGAGAUGAGAUCGACGGUUCUCGAUGCCGGGAUGUUUUCGGAUAGGCCGUUGUUCUUUGGUGGGCCAAUAGAAGAAGGGCUAUUUUUGGUGAGCCCAAAAAUGAGUUAUGAUAAUGAUAAGGUGGGGAAAAGUGGGGUUUUUGAUGAGGUAAUGAAGGGAAUGUACUAUGGGACUAAAGAGAGUGUUGGUUGUGCAGCUGAAAUGGUAAAAAGAAAUGUAAUUGGAAUAGAUGAUUUUAGGUUCUUUGAUGGGUAUUGUGGAUGGGAAAAAGAGCAAUUGAGAGAAGAAAUUAGGGCUGGUUAUUGGAUACCUGCAGCUUGUAGCCCAAGUGUAAUUGGACUGCAUAAUGUUGGCACUCGCGGGCUUUGGGAAGAGGUUAAUGGGCUCAUAGGCCCAAAAAAGGUUUGGGGAGACACUAUAUGUUGACUGGAUUAGGAGCAUAACAAUGAGGGUGGAAAGGGGAACUUGUAAAUUUCAAGUAUCAAAAUUAACAUAAGAUUAUUUGCUAAAGAAUCUUAAGAUUCUUAACCCAAUUUAGUGGUAAGCAAGGGGAUAAGGGAGUAGGAUGGACAACCUGAUUGUCAAACACUAAUAGUUUUGUUGUCUUUUUUUUCUUUUAAAAUUAUUUUUACUUUUUUUUUUCUAUUCACCAACUGUUCUUUAUCUCUUUCUUUAUUUUUUUUUUUUGUUAUGUCUGAUGUUAAGUGUAUAUUAUGGUUAAUGGUUAUUGCUUUAACCCAA